AUUUGUGUACAGGGUAAACGGAAUAGACUUCGAGGAAGUCAGAAUAGACAUAACCAAGCGCCAGCAGUUAUCUACUGAAUUCAAAGAUUAAGAAAUUUAAAGUAGCAUCUGCCAUUUUAUCAUACCUAAAGAAAGCAGUUACUCUCGAACGAAGAAGAAGAAGAAGAAGAAGAAGAAGAAGAAGAAGAAGAAGAAGAAAGAGGAGAAGAAGAAGAACAGCUACUGCUUGUAAUUUCUUUUUCUCAACAAUGUGAUUUCAGAAAUAAACCCAAUGGGAAAAGUGCCAGCUAUAGUUGAUGGACGAUUCAAGCUGUUUGAAAGGUAUCCAGCUGACCUUUUCAAGAGAGCUAAAAUUCAAUCAGUGUUAGAUUGGCACCACUCUAAUUUACGCCAGGGAGCAGUUACAUAUGUUGUGAAUACUGUACUUCCACCUGCGCUUGGACUACCCCUGAAUCCACAAGCUGCUGCCGAGGGUGAGAAAGUUCUCUUUUCAUCCCUGUCAAAAAUAGAGUCCUUUUGGCUCAAAGGGAGUGGACUAUUUUUGCUAGGUGGCAAUCAACCAUCUAUAGCAGAUCUAAGCCUUCUGUCUGAACUAAUGAAACUGGAGGUAUGCAGAUAAAAUUCAGUAUUUUUUUUUUUUUUGGUUAUCACUGUUGUUGCUGAGAUAACAUGGAACAGAUUCUCUUUGCGCUUCUGUGUUUCUGUGUCUGUGCAAGAGAGAGAGAGAGAGAGAGAGAGAGAGAGAGAGAGAGAGAGAGAGAGAGAGAGUGUUAAAUUUUUUGGAACAGUGAUAUUCUGAUGGAGGCUGCUUGGUGCUUACCCCAUCUCUGCAAGGGUGAAAAACCACUUCCCUUCUUUCCCCAAAACCACAAAAAGAGGCUUGCUCACUUCCACCAUAACAGCAGAGUAAUUUUGUGAUUGGCAAAAAAGGGAUAUGGUGGUAUCCUAUCAUGCCUUCCUGAAAGCUUUCAGAGCCAGCUCUCUAUGAUAGAGCAUCACCAUGUGUUUUGUGAUGUAGAAGAGAUGAAUCUAUGUCCGCAAAGAAACACAGCAGUUGCACGCUUUUACAUUGAUUUU